CUGUAGGAGACCCGAUGCUCCAGACGAUGGUUGCGGGCUAAACCCAUGCCUUGGGUUGUCUCGCUCCAGCCACAUUGCUCUGUGGAGGAUUCUGUCGACUUGGCCGGCGAUUUUGAAUUCUUGCUGCCGUCAUCGUCUGCGCAUGUUACGAUUAUUACUGUUGGAGGCUCGCGGGUGCUGAAUCAUGUAGUAGGAGGUAUUUGCAGUUCUGAAAACGGGGCUGUGGCGUGGAAAUUGACGCAAGAAAGAGAAAAUCUAUGGCGCAGGAUGUCAAGGCGGAAGAAUGCCCUGAUAGGAAGUGGGAUGUCAUUCACAUCCCUGAUGAACUUCAGAAGGCGUCAACAACUGUACAUGUUCUAGCAGCUUCCAUCGACCCCAAGCUAGCCAGCGUCCUCAUCAGGGAUCUUGGCACCAAAGCACCGUUGACGUCGUUGGCUCACGUCAAGAGAAUUCGCAGAUCAGUUACUGAGGGCAAGGUAGAGUUAAGCAUCAUUCUUUGCCCUGCCGACGGAGACGUGAGCAGUGACACUCUCAAAAUCCCAAACGACGUGGCAGCCAUUGUGGAGAAGCAUUCACUCGUACCUUUUGUUGCCGAGAUACCAGCAUACCAAGCUACUUCUCGGGCGGAGUGGGAAGCGCAAUGUGUUUUCUGGCCGACAUCUUUUCAUCCCAAUGCGUGUAUACGAGGGAGCAAGCUGGAAUUGGAUGAGUGUGAGGCAGAAACUGCACGGAAGUUUAUGAAGGAAGCAGUUUCUCAAGCUCGCCUUGCUCACAGCUCUGGACAGCUUGCAAAUGGGGCAGUGAUUGUGGAUCCAUUCUUGAGAUCUGUUAUUGCUUGGGGGCAUGAUCAAUGCACUAGUACAACGAACUACUGUCUUGAGCCCGGUGAAGACAAGGAAAAGCGCUUACGACAUCCUUUGAGACACGCUGUGAUGGAAGCAAUAAGUAUGGCAGCAGACAGAGACCAUCUUCUCUUCCCCUCCAAUUGCACUAAUUCCUUCAUUCAACGUCCAGCAGAUAGUAGCGACUGUGAUGCUGUAGCAGAUUCUGGUAAUGCUGCAAAGAAGCCUCGCGUGGAUCUGGAUGGCGGAGUUGGAUUUAAUUCCCAGGACAUUCCUCGUCCGUAUCUAUGCACAGGAUUUGAUGCUUACGUUACUCGGGAGCCAUGUGCGAUGUGUGCAAUGGCAUUGGUGCAUCAGAGAGUGAGAAGAGUUUUCUUCGGAGUCCCGAACACUUUCCGAGGGGCUCUGGGGAGUAAGUAUAGGCUACAAGGAAUUCGGAGCCUGAAUCACCAUUAUACUGUAUUUCAAGUUACAAUAUCUGAAAGUGAACUCGAGGAGCCCCUGUAGUCAUUUCACAAUAACAGUGCAGUUUACAUUAAUGUUCUAAAUCCCUGAAGAUUUAUUAAUUGACGUCAUUCAAUCAAAGCUCGGAUGUGAUCUUUGUUCAGCAUU